UGAUUUUUUUUUAUCCUGUCUGGCGUAAGCUUAGAAUGAGUUCAGAUAUUAACACUUUCUUUAUUCCUUUUUAAAAUGCAUUUGGCUUCAACGAUGCACACCAGAUUAGUUCGCAUUUUAGAGCUGUAUUCUGGCACUACGCACCGAAAAAUUAAAACUAGAAUGUAAUAUAAUAUUAAAAACACUCAUUAAUAAUUUACUUUUGCAAAUGUAUUAUUAUUAUUAAAGACGAAUGAUAAUAUAUUAAAUAAUAGGCCAGUUAUUUUACAGAUAAAAGCAGAUAAUAAUACGUCGUUUUACAGCGAAAUGCAAAUUAAAUGCAGAAGCAGAGGUUGUCUUGAUACAGAAGAGGCCUACACUUAAUUUCGCGUGGCUUGAUCUAAUAGUGCAUAAAAUGAAGGCAGUAAAAUCUAAUUAGUUGCUCUGGUCGUAAAGUAACUGCGGAAAAUGAAAGCAACUGUGGUAUGAAAAUAUCUUGCAGCUGUUCAGCACCGCGUUGUUUGCUUUCUCAUUUUCUCCACAGAAUUACUCCGUUCUACUCACUUUUUCCCCCUCAUGGAGGAAACGGAGAGGGAGAAAAAACAACCAAAAUAGCAAACACUCAAAAAUAUUUUUCGUUUUUCGAUAGUCGAAGUAAAAAAUACAUUUAAAAGCAAACAAUGUUAUUAGUUGAAUGUUUUUGUGCGCAUGGAUUCGUUAAGAUUAUAGGAUUAUCUCAUUGUAGACUAGCAGAUUUUUGUCGUCCUCGAAUGAAUUCGAGUGAACUUACAAUGUUCACCACACGAUGUCAGUGUUACUCUAAAAGCAGACAGGAUAACUCACCUAUCCCGUCUAACCUGAAGAGAGAGAGUUUUACUCGUUUUACAAAAAUAUUCGACUUUUUUUUUUUUCUUUUUUCUUUUAAUUCUCAAAUAAAUAAUAAAUCAAAAGCUUGUGAAACAAUUACAUAAAUGCCCAAAUAUCAAAAGAACCCUCUCUCACACUUUCUCUGAUUUGAGAUGCAAGCUGGAUAUAAACAUGGGUUGUCUUUUCUUAACUUCUCUGAGUUUGACUGAUAAAAUCAUUUCCACUUUAAAUCCAUUCACUCUGUGCUUCUUGACGUUUUCUAAACGAAUACAGAAGGCAUUGGAGCCUACAUUCCAACAGACUUAAGGACACGCAAAAACAUCUUGAUCAUCAAAACAUGAACAUAAUUACAAAUAUGGUAUAUUUUUCUUCAUACAAUGGACCUGCAUAAAUCUGUUUUUGUUUUCCCACUGGAAACAUAUCGUUCGUCGUGUGCAUGUGCUUUCGGCUGGCACUGAAAUGGUUUACCAAUAACACUCCUACUCCGCCUUCCCCUCUACCUCCCCAAGAACUCCCUCUCUCCCCUUUUUCAUCUCCCCUUUUCAGUCUCUCCUGCUCUUCCCAUCACAAGAUCGCGCUUUGUCUGUUUGGAGAUGGCGUGUCCAUCCAAUGAUAUAAGGAAUCAAUAACUGACGCUCAUAUGAAAUGCAACUCACUAUCAAAGAGAGUAAAAAAGGAAAACUAUUUAUUGCUCGGGGACCAUCACUAAGGAGUCAUGUGGGUGCAGCUACGGAUACAUUUGUUUGCAUGAAUAUUUACGACAUUUCAUGCAUAUAAUUUCCACCUGGAUGAAUUCAGUUUUAUUGUAAUAAUAAGACCGCAUUCGCUCAAAAACAUUAUUCAGCUUGAUCUCAAUACGGUUGUCAAAGUUCCUUCUUCGGGGAGUUGAUUUUACAAGCAAUGAGUUCUUACUUCGUCAAUUCCCUCUUCACUAAAUUUAAAGGAGGCGAUUCUCUGCGCUCCAACUACUAUGAUUGCUCAGGGUACGCGCCGGAUCUUGGAGGCAGACCAUCUGUGCUGUACGGUCACAACACAGGAUCUGCGUUUCAGCACGCGGCUCAGUUCCCGGAAUUCUACCACCACGGUACAUCAUCGUUCUCCCACGCGUCUUACCAACAGAACCCGUGCGCAGUUGCUUACUCUGGAGAUGCCACGGGAAACCUCUUGGGCCAGGACACUUUACAGAGACAGUCAUUCUUCAGCGCACCAGAUGCGGAUUUUACGCAAUUUGGGGAUUGUAAUUUAAAGGUUAACAGUAUCAGGGAUGAUUUGGAAAGUGCAGAACCGUGCACAGCGCAGCUCUUCCCAUGGAUGAGACCACAAGCUACCGGCCGGAGAAGGGGCAGGCAGACCUACAGCCGCUAUCAGACGCUGGAACUGGAGAAAGAGUUCCUGUUCAAUCCUUACCUGACCCGCAAGCGGCGCAUCGAAGUAUCUCACGCACUGGCCCUCACCGAGAGGCAGGUGAAGAUCUGGUUUCAGAACAGGCGCAUGAAGUGGAAAAAAGAACACAACAAAGACAAGUUUCCCAGCAGCAAAGCGGAACAAGAGGAAAUUGAGAAACAGAGGCAAGAGGAGAGCCAGGUAUCAGAAAAACACACAUCAGGAGAAGAUGACUCGGAGACUUCCAGUAAUUCUAAAUAGUCUGUCGACUGUAAAAGAAAACCAUCGCUGCAAUCGAUCACUGCAAUUUAAAUACAAGUUUGAAGUUCACAAUGGCGUCCCUCAACACACAAGGCUAUCAAAUACAAAGCCAAUCAUGUAUUCGAUUCAUUGAGGCAUUUCUGUUUUCCAACUGUGAUUAUUUUCGCUUAUGUUUUGAUGAAUCAAUCUCAGAUUUGUAAGGUUCCACUGGUGUGUUUGUCCUCGAGUAGAUUACUCUUGAGGUUACUGUUGCAGUGAGGGCAUAUGAGGAGAAGGAUGUGGUCUGCAUUGCGUCUAUUUCAUGAGUAGGAGUCACAAUCCAAGAUAUGUUCUCUUCAGUAACUUUGUUACAUCAUAUAAGAUGGGUGAUGAAUCAGCAUUAGUGAGUGCAUUACUGUACCUCUUACUGUAAGAAAAUGCACUUAUUGUGAUGUUAAUUACUGUUCGAAAAAUGAUUAUUAAGGUUUACAAUUCUACAACCGAACUACCUAAUAUAUGGGUCAUUGCGUCAAUCAUUUUGUCAGUGUAUCCAUGCGUUAUGCUUUCCUGAGAUGGGAUGGUUCAAACGCACAAUGUUAUUCUUAAAAUGCUGUGUAAAUAUUUGAUAUUGCAGGUCCGUGGAAGCACUGUUCUAUUGUAUUUUCUAUUGUCUUUAACUGGAAGUGGUUCCUGAAAGAAGCCACAAUAAAAUUUAAGAAAAGAA